GGCCCGUGCCCAGCAUCCGAAUGCGGCUUAAUCUCUUGACAAGCCGUGGAACCGAAAGUGUCAACUUCACUUCACUCCGGCGACCUCUCCUUUUCUGUUCCCACAUCCAACAGCACCGCCAACAAUGCCUUCAGCAUCAGCACCAACGCCGUUUCUUCCGUCUGCCCUCACGACGGCAAGUACACAUCUUCACACCGUGUCGCUUCUAAGCAGUCUCGCGCUUCACCUUCCGGACCUAAUCGCGUCACCGAGCCUGACCCUGACACGCACCGCGCUCCCACUGGCCGCUCUGCAAACUGUCUACCUCGUCCUCACCAGCACUUCUACCACACCCACAACCCCCAAAGCCAUACCAACUACACCGAAACCUGCCUCCAGCGCCCCAAAGCCCAAAAAGACCGUCCGCGCUAAAAAAGCUGCUACUGUGCCCUUCGCCAUCCUCACCGCGCUUGCCUUCACCUUAGUUGUCGGGGCACCCCUCCUCUUCCUACUCCUUGUCGCCUUCGGCGCGCCGGUGACAUCCCACCAUGCCGAAACCCUCUCCACGGCAGUCCACCUAGCCCUGCUUACCAUCUAUCCACUGUCUUUCACCCGCGGCUGGGAUGCCGGGAGGUGGAGAGAGAUCCUCGCGCUUACUGGCGAGGUCGAUGAGGCUGUCGUUGGCGCACUGGGCGCCUGCGUCGGCGCGUGGGCCGGCGCCGUGCCAAUUCCCCUAGACUGGGACCGCGAGUGGCAGAAGUGGCCUGUUACCAUCCUGGUGGGGGCUUAUGCUGGGUAUGCGCUGGGGAAGAUGGUGGGAGGUGUGUGGGCUGGAAGAAAGAUGCCGUGCUAGUCGUACUACGGCGGAUAGAAGUGUGGUAAUGGAUGAUGUGUAGACGACGGGACUUGGAGGAAUGCACAGGGAUUUGUUUCGCGUUUGAGGCUCUGCCACUCUCUGCGGGUCAUGGCGAACAAUGGUGCUCGACUCUCACUAGCAGUUUGGUGCAAUACGCACGCGCGGGUACAAAAUAUAUUCUACUUAAAUCUGCUUCACUCACUACACAUAGAUUAAAUACUGUGACGUUUCAGGCAAAGUUAUCAAG